GCAUUAUUGUAUAUGUAUAUAUUACUUCGGCAACGUAGGUGUCAGGUCUAGUGUAUUCAAGUACGAGUUUGGUUACUUCUUGUUUUGCGAGCUUUUAUACGAGUGCAUUCUUUCGGUAGGAAAAAAUUUGGUAGUGAAAGCACUUUUAAUAGCGGCUUGCGAGUUACCUAACAGACUCUUCACACGAAGCAAAUGAGGGGCUCUUUAUUCAGAACCUAAGCUCUUCCAUACGUACACCGGCAAACAAAACCCUCAUUCUCUUGGUCAGUGAACCUAACUAAAGGAAACAAAAAAGAAAGCCAAAGCAGCCCACGAAUGCAACUAUUUAAAUGGAGGCAAGGACCAGUCUUUGAACAACUUGAACCAUUCUCUUACCUCUCUUUCUGUAUGUAACACUUGAAAUAGAUCGAGAUGGCUCACAUGGAGAAAGUCACGAUUGUUACUGUUACAUUGAUACUGUUUGCAGCGUUCAUGGUGCUCUUGCCAAAGACGGAGUGCAUGAUAAGGCCGCAACCACUGAGGCCGCAACCACAACUGGCUCCUCGUCCUCUUUGUGCGUCACAAUUUUCACUUGCAAACUAUGCGUGUGCACUACUUCCCUUGAACCCAUUAACACCGUCUCCUCCUUCCCUCAGCAUUAGUGCUGUUGCCGUUGCUGUUGCUGCGGAUGACGACGACGAUGAUGAUGAUGAUGAUGACCAUGAUCAUGAUCAUGAUAAUGAAGAGCACCAUCACACCCACAGGCAUAGGCGUAGUCACGGUGGGCACCGACGUAAGCAUAAGCCACACCAUCAUUCACAAACCGUGGACAAUUGUUGUCGGUGGGCAAGUCAGGUGGACAGCCAAUGUGUUUGCGAGCUGCUAUUUCUCUUGCCCGGCUUUGCAAACUUCCUCAUGAGGCCUUUGCACGAUUACACCCUCCGUAUUAGUGACUCUUGCAACGUUACAUACACGUGUGGUGGGACAAGAAUAAGAGCCUGAAUAGUGCAUUUACGUCACGAUGCAAGGGGGUGCUUGGUUCAUACUUAAGUUGUGUAGUUUUGGUUGUUUUGUGGGUUUAGACUAUAGUCAUCUGCAGGUACUACCUAGUUCUAUCACUUAGCUGUUUCGGUCUAUUAAUAAUUUUGCGCAUUCGUAAUAAAUUGAAGUUGUUGUUGGCAUGA